AUGGACGACCACGAUGAUCCACUUGAUAUACGAAGAACCGAAAAGCUUGUGGAUGAGCACCUCGCGCGCCUUAGGCUGAUGCUAAACCUUCCUGAACAUCAUCCCCGGCUGGCUGCCCAACUCGCUCAGGAUGCGGAUGCACUGACCCGACUUGGCCUCGUGGCUUCCAAGUUUCGGACAGCCGUCAAUGCGACCCGACCUGUCUCGCGAUUACCUCAGGAACUAUUCAGGAUGAUUGUGCUUUAUGUGGUGGAGCUUGAGCCGCCAUUCCCCCCGAAAGGCGAACGCGAUGCCUCAGGUGUCAUCUGGGACGAUGAGGACGCCGUAGUCUAUCCUACCCUUGCCCGUAUGAAACGACGACCCACACUCGGUUGGAUAAGCCUCACGCACGUCAGUAAAGCAUGGCGAGAGAACAUUAUCGGUGAUCCCUCCCUUUGGGCGCGAUCAAUCGGUCUCCUUCCCAAGGCCAUUCCCGAGUUCAUUCGCCGCGCGAGCGGCAUGCGCGCUUUAGAUCUUACGAUCCGAGCUGCUCUGACGAAAGAGCGCUUGCAAUCGCUGCUCAGGCUACCCACAUCGCACAUCAGGUCUAUCUCAUGGACAUUCAACUCGAAGACCGCCAGAUCGCAUCUGAAAUCGAUGAUUGCUGGGUCGAGCCGUAAGCUCCGGACGUUGGAGACCCUGCGCUGCGCCUACAUUCCCGCAUCAUACUCUCAGCCAGAGACGUAUACAGUCUAUGCACCAUCUCUACGCCGUAUAGAGUUGACAGGGUUGCUCCUUGACUUCGAUGCUCCCAACCUCGUUCAUCUCACGCUCGAUCACCCUCCGAGGGAUUCGUUCGACGUCACAGCGAUGUUGAACAUCCUCUCAUCGUGCUCUCGACUGGAGACCGCUAGUGUCAAGACGGUUUACAACGUGGCUUAUAAAGACGCGAUGCUUCAAGGCCGAAGUGUAGUCGUUCUCAAGCAUUUGCAGAGGCUGUCGAUAGCGGCCCCCUUCACAGGCCAUGACUUGAUCAAGAUCAUGCGCCUUAUACGUCCUGCUAGCAAUGCUAGCAUCGAUAUCCGGCCUGGAGGGCUCUACACGGCAGAAGACUUCGCGAUCGUCAAGUCGAUGAUGUCAGCGCCAUGGAGAGUUGGGCAAGUGCAGUCGAUGCGGUUCGAAGAGCGCGGUGCUUUGACCUUGUUCUGGGAGAAACUACCAGACGCGCCUGAUUCAGGCGGCUCUGUCACGAUCUCUACUGGACUUGGCCUUCGGAGCUUAUCAACAGCCCAUGUGAAGGAGUGUCUCCAGGACGUGAUGGAGCUCAUCAUCACCGACAAAGCGGCAGCUGAUACCUUCGCGGGCGGAUGGAAAAGCUUUCUUAACAUCAUGCCGCAGAUAAAGCAUCUGAAGUUGAGGUCCACCUCGGACAAACGGUCUGCUCGCGUAGUAUUCUCUCGAGUACUAGAGGUGCUGAGCGAGAUCCCAUCACACCCCGACCAUCCCGACCAGCCCAACCUCGGUCCCGUUGGUCUCCCGCUCCCGGCUCUUAGCACGCUAACGCUGGGUCCGAACAUCGGUCCGGAAUGCUUGCCUCUCGACGUCCUUGUCGAUAAGCUGUCUCGUCGCCUCGACUCAAUCUCUACACCCCGAUCGAGACUGCGACUUCUCACGAUCACGGAGUGCACAUACCCGAAGGAUGCGCGGGCGGAAUGGUCGGAGACUUUGAUGGGUCUAGCUGAGAAGGUGGUUUGGAAAGGGGACUCCUCGGGUGUUUCACAGUAG